UGUCUGAGCCGCACGACAGACCCCAGCAGUCCACCAUGGCUUUCAUCGACGCUUUCAUGCAGCAAACCAUCUAUCUGGGCAUGCCUGAUGACUCAGCCUUGAAGAACGAGGGAACAGUGACCGCAGCACCCAAUUUCAGCCCCAGUGGAGAUGCAGCAGUCUUGGAAAAGGCCAUCAAGACCAAAGGUGUGGAUGAGAACACCAUUAUUGAAAUGCUGGUCAAAAGGAGCAACGAGCAGAGACAGCAGAUCAAAGAGGCUUACCAGCAGGCCAGUGGCAAGCCUCUGGAGACAGCAAUGAAAAAUGCUCUGAAGGGAGAUCUGGAGGAUGUAGUGUUGGGUCUGCUGAAAACACCAGCCCAGUACGAUGCCUGGAUGCUGAAACAGGCCAUGAAGGGUCUGGGAACAGAUGAGGACACCCUGAUAGAGAUUCUAGCUUCCCGAAACAACAGACAGAUCAUGGACAUAAAGAAGGCCUACAAGGACGACUACAAGAAGGAGCUGGAGGACGACAUCAGGUCUGACACCAGUGGAGACUUCAAGACUGCCCUCAUCGCACUCUGCAAGGCCGGCAGGACUGAAGGAGUUUGUGAGCAGCUGAUUGACAGUGAUGCCAGGGCUCUGUACGAGGCCGGAGAGGGGAGGAAGGGCAAAGACUGCUCUGUCUUCAUUGACAUCCUAACCACCAGGAGUGGCCCUCAUCUUCGUAAAGUAUUUGAGAGGUACUCAAAGUACAGCAAAGUGGAUGUGGCCAAAGCUAUUGACCUGGAGAUGAAGGGAGAUAUUGAAAGUUUACUCACAGCAGUAGUGAAGUGUGCUGGAAGCAGGGCUGCUUUCUUUGCAGAGAGGCUCUACUUGGCCAUGAAGGGUAAAGGCACCCGUAAAAAUAUCCUGACUCGCAUCAUGGUGAGCCGCUCUGAAAUUGACAUGAAACGGAUCAAGGAUGAGUACAAGAAGAACUACGGCAAAACACUCUACCAGGAGAUUCUGGAUGACACCAAAGGAGACUAUGAGAAGAUUCUGCUUGCUCUCUGUGGGCCUGAAAACUAAGAGCCUAUCACCAGACUCAAAUCUCAAAGACCCGAAGAUCUACCAUGAUGUCCAGCUGUGGAAAAUCACCUGUUAUCUCUUGACAUGUAUUGUGCCUUAUGCGCUUGUGGAGAACUGACGAGACAGUCUUUCUUUGACUGUCGUGACAUUUAGUAGAUAUCAACAGCAGUGAGCAAAGAUUACGUGGAGUUGGCACUGCUUCAGCAGAUAUUUUCUUUCCAAGUAAAUCCUUUUAUUCCAGUGUUUCAGCAUACAUCUCACAGCUUUAUGCCAGUGGGCCUGUGCUCCAGACAGACUUAGCUUUGCACUUACUAGAUUCUCUAUCUGAUGCUCAAAGAGAAGCUGAAGUCAGUGAUCACAGUGCAGCUGCUAACAGAUGUAUACAGAUCAUGUGCCAAUUAUUUAGUGGAAGCAUUACCCUUGAAGGAGCUUGGACGUUAUGCAAAUAAAAGCUUUUUCUAUGAAGGCCCA